AUGCGUCCUCCAUCUCGCCGUGUGCCCACCGGUGAUAGUAGCGUCUCUAAGAGCAAGGAGAGACAUGGCGGUUUCCAAAAGCCCAAACCCUUGCCCACGGCCCCAAAAACAAGAUUGUUCAGGCAAGACAAGCCCAGAUCUGAAGGUUCGAGCCCGAGGCCCAUCGACCACCUUCUCGCGGGCUACUUGGCCCAUGAAUUCCUCACCAAAGGGACUCUGUUGGGCCGACGAGUGGGCCACUCGCCGGGCCUGCAAGAGGAGUCGCAGAAGCGGAAGUAUGAGAGGUACGUGGAGCUAACGCUCUUGCUGAAGACGGAUGGGCCCCACAUGUUCCGUAUUGCGAACCCAGCCCAAUUGGCCCACUUCUUGAAGUUGUGAAACAAAUGUCUAACACAGUUGACUGAGAAAAA